CGAAACCACGACGCGGUCAACCGUCGGAAUUUCGGCCGUGAGCCGUCUGCACCAACGGAAUAUUAUUUCCUCUGCGUUAUGCCCACGCAUAUACACAGGUAUGUACACUGUACACAGGUUUAGAAAUAGAGAGACGACACAGAAAUCGGGUAUAAAACUGGAGACGGACACCGAUGAUGCUUCAGUCAUAUGACAGCCGUCUACUUGGCCCAAUCCACUCGAGACGAUUAGUCUCACAGUGAUUAUACCCACGUGACAUUCCAAAAAAAGAACGAAAGUCGGAAAAGAAUUUUCUCCAAGAGAGACAGUGAGGAAAUGAAAAUAAUUUAUUGUUGCUGAGGGCAAAUAUUUUGUACACGGUCUUACGAAGUGAAGAAAAAACACGUACGAGCAAAAUGAAGAUAAUCUUCGCGUUGGCAAUAUUCAUUGUAUCAGCUCGGUCGGAUUCUGGUUUCUAUUUCCCUGACCAGUUGUCCUCACACGCAGCGAGUCAUAGCGAAGCCAGUUUCGACGGUCAUGGAAAUGCUUGGGCCGACAGCCAGAGUAACGCUGGUGUCCAAAACCACAGGAGCGAUGGACCCGAUAGACCCGGCGGACCGGGUCAAUUUCGACCCGGAAAUCCACCGCCGCCAUUCGCUGGUCCGAGCCAAGUCGGAUUUUACCCCGUAAACAAUCCACCACCCUCAUUCGGUCCUGGUCGUGAUCAGAGUGGAUCAGUAAGCGCCAACAGCCAGGCGAGCGCGCAGGGAUUCGGUGAAAACUAUCAGCAAGCGGGACCCGGAUUCGCACAGCAGGGUUUGAAUCCGAAUGGGCUGUUCAAUUCGAACGCUCAGAGUCAGGCGUCUGCUCAAAGCAGCGGAAACGGUGGCUUUGCGAAUUCUCAAAGCAAUUCGCAGGCCCAAGGCGGAUUGGCGCAGAGUCAAAGUAACGCGCAGUCUCAAUCGAGCGGAUUCGACGGCAAGGGCUACCCGUACAAUUCGGUCGCAGGUGCGACUUCCGGUAGCCAAUCGAACGGCGCUGGGGGUUCCAGCGCCGCCAGCGCCGCCAGCGCAGCAUCAACAAGCUUCAUAGAGGGCAUUCCAGUCGCCAGCGCAAGCGCAGCAGCCGCAGCAGCUUCCGCGGGAAUCGGAGGCAGCGGUGGUUCGUCGAGCAGCGCCAACAGCGUCGCUACUUCGUCCGGAUUCAAUCAGGGGUUCCAAAGGCUACCUGUUCAGCCGUGGUUCACCCGAACCAGGAUUGGCGAAGAUGCGAGCAGCUCGAGCAGCGACAGUUUGAGCUUUAGCAGUGAUGAGGAAUAGACA